CCAACAACUAUCAUGGCUUUCGCCCCCAGAGGAUUCCACUUUGACCUAAAGACUGUGCUCUCAGAUCCCAACCCACACAUAGAUCUUGAUAUUCCUGUAUACGAAGAAACUUUGCAAAAUUUUCUGAAGGCCGUGAACAAUUACAAAAACAGAUCCAUUACAGCUAUCACGGACAAACGGACGAAAGAUGCAGCGGAAAAGAAGAAGUUACAUGAUAGAGCUCAAAAAAUUGAGGCUGAGAUUAGCAAAUGCAAAGUUCAAGAAAUUGAGUUGAUGGCCACUUUAGAGAGAGAGCAGGCGGAAAGGAAAGAUGCAGAGGUAGCGGUGACCGCAUUCAAACGACAAAUCACAUCCCUUCAUGAACGCAGCGCAACUAUGCAAACUCAGAUUGACGAAUAUCGCGCGUUGAUUGUCAGCCUCAAAACAGACAAGGACAAAGAACGAUCGACGUUGAACACGCAUGCAUCGCGGGUUGCCCCAGAAUUACAUUCUUACGAGACUCUCUUAGCUUGUUCAAUUGAAGGGAUGGAGAAAGAACAAUUGCUGAUCAGUUUUGGAGGUGUAGACAUAUCAGAUCCAGACCGGGAAUUCAGUUUCAUUUUGGAUGUUUCCUGUCAUGAUUAUAAAGUUGUGAAGACUUCGCCCCCUCUACCAUCCCUUCCGUUACUGGUAGACAAACUGAACGUUACACAAGAUAUUUUCACUUUCAUAGUACAAAUACGCCAAGAAUUUCACAGAAUGGCUAAUGGUGAUGAAGCCGUGGGCGUAUAAUUUUUUG